UUGAUAUUGUGUCACUGGUGGAAAUCUGUUUCAUUGUUGCUUGGGGAUUUCGUAACGCAGACAUACAGGAGAGAGAAGGGGAGAGCAGAGCGGAGAAGCCCACAGAUGAGAUGCUGGCGCUCUUCGUACAUCUCCGCACUGAGAGACACUCGACGCUCGCUAUCCACACAGCAACAGCAUUUCUGCUGUGAAAAUAUAGGAUUAAAUGCUAUGAAACCGCCGUCCUGACACUAUUCACCAACACUUUGUGCCUCGGUGCCAAACUGCAGGGGAGGAUGGAGAGGCAUUACGCGGGUGCGCUGCUGACGCUGUGCGUGAUUUUAGAGUGCAUAGAAGCAAAGAAGUAUUGCUGGUAUUUCGAAGGAGGAUAUCCGAUCUAUUUCAUAUGUCGCUCGUAUGAGGACUGCUGUGGGACACGCUGCUGUGUUCGAGCUCUUUCCAUCCAGAGGCUCUGGUAUUUCUGGUUGUUACUGAUGAUGGGCGUGCUCUUCUGCUGCGGUGCGGGGUUUUUCAUUCGUAGAAGAAUGUAUCCAUCUCCGCUCAGUGAGGACCCCACAUUUAACGUGUCUUUCACCAGACAUCCUGUUAGCACGCCAGUCUCCCAGCAACCAGGUAUGCAAGGCUACAUUGACCCCUGCGGUGCCAUGACAACAGCCUUCGGCCCUGCCCAUCCAGGUCAGCCCACCCCAGCGCACAUGAUGAGCUCCUACCCGCCUCCCCCCUCCUACUGCAGUCACCCGCCUCCCUCUUAUGAACAGGUCCUUAGGUCUGCAGAGAAGAAGAACCACAAUGAAUCGUCGCAAUGAACCUCACAAACCAUAUGUGACGUGAACUAGAAAGCACCACGCGGAAAAAAUGGCUCGGAAAGACUCCGGUACCUUUAAAUGGGUCCCCAAAAAAUGAUUUUCCUUUGAAAUUGCUUUUUCAGGACGACUGUUUUUUUGCUCGCUUCCGUUUGUUAGAGGGGCUACAAAGUCCUGGCUAGAGGAAAUUUGUACGAUGAAAGAAGAAAUGGACUUCUGGCUGACAGAGGUUGAAACAACCUGUCAGGAGUGGAGAAGUUCGGCCGGAGCCUUUGACUCUUUUUCUUUGAAACUGUGUGUAUUCUCAUCCCCAGCGUGUGUGAAAGAUGUCGUUUCGCCUAAAGCGGACCUCGGUUGGUAGUCACAAUGUUUCACACGCUGAGAGACCAGAUGUAAGCAAUCCGUUGUCCUUCGGGAGAACAGGUGUUUCUGAAAAAGCACAUAAGGUGCCAUGGAAAAUAAGCAGCGGAUUAAUUCGACAUCAGUUCAGCGGCCCUGCAAUGUCAUGAACUUUUAAAACAGGGACUUGCAUACCGAAUUAGUCUUGCAUUUUAUCCCAUUGUCACCAGUGAACAUCACAUGGUCGUGAUGUCAAUGACCAGUAGCCUAUAUUCACAUUACCAAAUCUCUGGAAAGAAAAGUGGAUAUUGCUUUGUAAAAAUCAACAGUAAAUGGUUUAAUUUUAAGUUUAAAAUUGUAAAGGACUAAUUUGUUUCUUAUGAGAUCCCAGAGAAACUCGAAAUAGAUGAUGAGCUCAUAAAGAGGGAGUCUGUUGAAGCUUUUAUUAACAGUUCACAAUAGGAGACUGAUAAAUUACUUCACAUCUUUGCUGUUCAUUUCAUCUAUAAUGCCUGUUUCACAGACAGGCAGCCAAACCGUAGAGAAUGAUUUUGGGUUAAACGUUUCGUUUCGUCAAGCACACUCUCUCUGUGAGUUUCUUGUGAAUUGCUUGAAUAUGUUUGUACAAAUGAAUUAUUGGAAUACAAGUUCCUUUGAAUAAUGUGCAGUCGAACGAUAAGGACUCACCCCGAUGAGGAAUAUAUUCGUUAUUUGGAGGGAGUGAUGCAUUUAGUUCAAUAACUGUUUAAAACGGCUCCGGGCAGAUUCACCCUAAUGAGAUCUAGCCCUCUUUCAGUAUCAUUUAAGGGAGUAAAUGUGCAUGCAAAUAGUUGCAUUUAGGCAUCACUGGGUUGUUGAGUUAGUAUAAAUGCACAUACUUAAAUUAUUUAAAAUUACAAUAAAAUUGUAAAUCAGUCAGAUCUGCAAAGCAGUCCUUUACAGAAAAACUGCAUGAAUUUCAUGUGCAAAAACAUGCGGUCACGUACGUUGUUUUUGGAACAUUUUGUGUGAAUCUCUAAAGUUAUGCAUUUGUGGACGCAUGACACCACAUGUGAGAAACGUUAAGUUAAAGGAAUAGUUCACCCAAAAAUGAACAUUCUGUCACUCGCUCUAGUUGUUCAAAACCUGUAUACAUUUCUUUGUUUGGUUGAACACAUAGAUAUUUGGAAGAAUGUUAGCAACUGACAUGUCUGGGGCACCAUUGACUACCAUAGGAAUUAUUGAUAUAUGGUAUGAUAUAUGAAUAUAUGGUAGUCAGAGGUGCCCCAGAACUGAUUGCUUUCCUAAAUUCCUCAAAAUUAAAAAAAAACUAUGGUAGUCCAGAAAUGCUCCAGAAAUCUCAGUUGCUAACAUUCUUCCAAAUAUCUUUCUCCGUGUUCAACCAACCCAAAGACAUUUAUACAGGCUUGGAACAACUUGAGAUCAAGUAAAUCAUGACAGAAUAUUCAUUUUUGGGUUACUAUCCCUUUAAUGUGCAUUUUUUUCCGGUGAGGGUUUAAAUGAGCAAAAAUGUUCACUCAAAUUGCAAUGUAAGCCUGUUGUCUUUAUUUAAAUCUAUUUCAGAUGAAUUCAACAUAACGCUGACUGCUGUAUUCUGUAUUCGUAAAGCUGAUUAAAGCGAUUCAUUUUAACCCUACAAUGUAAAGAAACGGUAAUUUGACUGUUUAAACAUAAUUAAAUUUUAAAUCACAGAAAUAGACGUGAGAAAUGAUAGCAAACAAUAGAAAUGAUAGCUAAUUUACAUAUUGGGUAUGAAAUAACAUGAAAAAUGUACAUUUUAAUUAAACAUAAAUUUUAUUUUAUUUAGGUUCUGUUACCCUAGGUGCUGGAAUAUAAUUAUAUUUUUUACAGCGUACACAACAUUCACAAAAUGCUUGGGACAAAAGACUUGUUUGAGGAUUACAUAAGCUAUAAAUCAGUCAUGAAAUGUCAUGAAAGAAAGAAUUAUUCACUAAUUUAAUCAAGAAUCCUUUUGAAAGACCUACUAAACAUUAGGCAACCAUUAUCUGCAAGUCCUGCUAUAUUGUUUUGGAGAAAAACGGUGAAAGAGUUCUGAAAGUGUUGCUUUUUGUACUGUAGUUGUGGUUACAUUGUUAAUGGUUAAAACUGUAUCAUCUGCUUGAAGUUUAACUAUGCAAAGAACAGAGGCGGUGUCCGUUUGCUAUAUGUUAGAAACUGUUCGAAUAGAUUAGUACUUUGUUUCAAUAUCAUGUAAUAAUUUGAUCUGGCAUGGGUGGAGAGAUGGUUGAAAUAACAGUGUAGGUUUUAACACAAGACGCAGUGAAGGACAGCUGUGACAUUUUAUUGUGUCAAACAUCUUCUGCCUCUGUUGGAGUGACAAAUUGAUAAAUAUGCAGCACUAGAAAAAUCUGUGAGCUGCUACGGUGACAGAAAUGUGGGUAGAUAUGACAGUACUUAAUGCACUGUUACCUACGCUGUCAUCGACAUAUCAGCAGCCAUGCCAUAGUGAAACCUUUUCAUGUCAGAAGUUAAUAAGUUGUUCAUGAACUAUAAUAAUAAAGUACCCUUUUUUGCUUUACCUGAUGUAUGAUUUACUGUGUGAUAUCAUUGGGCUUGUAUGGGAAUUUGACCAUUUUAGAUUAAUGUUAUCAUGGGGCUUGACGGUGUUCACUUACAUGGAAAUAAUAACCACCAGAAUGAGUGGCACAUUAAUUUAACUACAUGCAUAACCAUUGGCCGGACCAAGUCAAAACCGAAAUCAUUGCUAGUUACAAAAUUCUUUAAUCGCUCCAUUACAAUAUAUGUGGGCCACACCCCAAAUGUUUAAUUGGCUGCCAAAUGAUUCAACAAAUGAAAGUUCCCGUUUUUUUUAUUUUGUUCAUGUGUGACUCUGAUCAUAAUUCCUGUAGGUUUGUGCAUAUUUUGACUGAUGGAUUAUGUAAAUUCAGGGAAAAGGUUUUGCAUUUACCAGCUAUUCUUCAUACAGCUAUUCUUCAUU